CGGCUCGCCGCCCCGGCCCCGGCCCUGCACCUGUGACUGUCGCGGCGCUCGCCCUCCCCGCCCGGCGCCCGCGGCCCCCAUGGCCCCGUCCCGCCUGCAGCUCGGCCUCCGCGCCGCCUACUCCGGCCUCAGCUCCGCGGCCGGCUUCUCCAUCUUCCUCGUCUGGACCGUGGUGUACAGACAGCCGGGGACCGCGGCCAUGGGGGGGCUCGCAGGUGUGCUGGCGCUGUGGGUGCUGGUGACGCACGUGAUGUACAUGCAGGAUUACUGGAGGACCUGGCUCAAAGGGCUGCGUGGCUUCUUCUUCGUGGGCGUCCUCUUCUCGGCAGUCUCCAUCGCCACCCUCUGCACCUUCCUGGUGCUGGCUGUCACCCGACACCAGAGCCUCACAGACCCCAACAGCUACUACCUCUCCUGCGUCUGGAGCUUCAUCUCCUUCAAGUGGGCCUUCCUGCUCAGCCUUUAUGCCCACCGCUACCGGGCUGAUUUCGCCGACAUCAGCAUCCUCAGCGACUUCUGACCCGAGGGGUGAGGUUUCUGGACCCCAAAGGUCCUCAGGACCUGGACUCAGCCUCUGAGACACCAGACAGGCCUGCAACACCCCCCUGGAAACCCUAGAUCUGUGGCAGAAGAUACACAGCAAGAGGACUGCGGUCUCCCCGGAAGAUGUCCUGCUCCCGUUGUGGGGGAGAUCCGGGUGCAGCGGAAAGGGGUCCUUCCUGCCAAGUUGCUCCUCCUCAGCCUGGCUGGAGGGCAGCUUUAGACCUUUUCAAAUGGAUCUAUUUUCUUAGCGCUCAGUGAGGAAUCUUCACAAGGAGGGCCAGGGCAAUGAGUCAAGGGGUAGGGCAGUGAGCCGUGACCUAUGCCUGGGGGCACUCUCCCUCAGGCCAGGCUGGGAACCUGGGAGGUCAGGCCAAGUAAGGGAUCUCUAGUAGAGGCCUCUCAGGCCCCAGCCCCAAUACCCCAUCCUGUUGUCCUUGAGAGUCAGGUAGCUUAACUCCUCAAUCCCAGGGAUGGCAAUACUUGACUCUCUUUUCCCAAGGCCUGGGGACUUGGGAGUUUAGUGUCCCUCAUCACCCCAGAGCCGGUCUCCCAUGAGUGUGCUAGAACCAGUCAUCUUCGCCAUACCCAAGCCCUCUCUUUUACACAUACCGCCCUCCCCAAGCAGGACUCCCUGAACGAGGCCAGACUAAGUGUCUGGGAAAGGUGCCCUGCCCCCAGAAGGGCUUUGGGGAAGGGGGCAGCAUGGUGCGGGCUGGAAGGAACCCCUCAGCUCCGUGCCCGGGCACCUCCAGCCCUACAUUUCCAUCCCUUCUCACAUGCAUUAUCCCUAGCCACGAGACACCCCACCGACCCUGCCCCUGCCCACUGCCCUUCACCUAGAGCUUUUGUCUUUUUUAAUCUCCUUUCUGAAGGACAACAUCUGCUUUUCUGCCUAUACACUGGCACAAGGGCUCACCUAACUCGGGAGGGAAGGAGCUAUUGUUACAUAGAUCUUUUUUAUGUUAGGCUGCCAUGUUGCACGGUCUACCCUCUCCCCACCUGAUGUGUCCUGCCCUUCAGCUCUUUGCCUUAUCUGUGUCACUGUCACUUUAGCAGAAAUACAGCAGCCAUUUGUAUCA